AUGGUCAACAUGGCGGCCACAGCCCCCAGCCGCCGGCUCCUCCUGCUCCUCCUCGGCCUGAACCUCCUCACUAGCUCCACCUCGACGGCGCCCUACGACCCUCCCACCGUGCCGGAGCUAAUGGAUCGGUUCGGCCUCCCGCGCGCUCUCCUCCCGAAAACCGCCCGGCGGUACCUCCUCCACUCCGACGGCUCCUUCGAGCUCUUCCUCGACGACGGCUGCGAGAUCGAGGCCGGGGGCUACCGCGUCCUGUACGACAUCAAGCUCUCCGGGUCCGUGGCGCCCGGGGCGGUCACGGGGCUCGAGGGCGUCCGCGUGCGCGUGCUGUUCGUCUGGGUCCCCGUCACCGGCGUCGAGGUUGGCGGCGGGGUCGUCACCCUCAGCGUCGGUCCCGUCAAGAAGUCGUUCCCUGCCGUUGGCUUCAAGGCCAAUCCGCUUUGCAGUACCGGCGCCGCCGUCGUGGAUGUAGCUUAG